CGUUGGAUCCUUGCUCAACUUCUCAACCUCUUCUCCUUUUGCCUGCUCUCCGAUCCGAUCUUCAAACCCUCCCUUUUAAAUCCUGGACUUUACCCCAACUCUUCUCUCCAUGCCAAACAGUUCCUUUCCUCUUCCCUCUCUCUCUAUCUCUCUAUUGUCAGCUUCGCUCUAAAAAUUUUCAGCUCUCAUGGCUACCACUGAAGAUUCCACUAACCCGCAACUCCCUCCAGUUCCAGCUCUUCAAGAACUACCACAAGCUCAACAGCAACUGCAGCAGACACACUCCUCCAUUCUUCCUCAGUACCCUGAGAUGAUUAUGGCGGCGAUCGAGGCUUUGGACGACAAGAACGGCUCUAACAAGUCAGCGAUCUCGAAACAAAUCGAGUCUACUUACCCUGAUCUACCGGCGGCCCACACUACGCUGCUCUCGCAUCACCUCAACAAGAUGAAGCAAAGUGGUCAGCUCCUCAUGGUCAAGAACAACUACAUGAAACCGGACCCCAACGCGCCACCGAAGAGAGGCCGCGGCCGGCCGCCCAAGCCAAAAGCACCAGUUCCACCUGGAACCGUGAUCGGACCCCCCAGGCCACGUGGUCGUCCACCCAAGCCAAGAGAUCCAUUUGCCCCCGUAGCUUCACCCAAGAAGAAGACUACAAGUGGGAGCGGAAGGCCCCGCGGACGUCCACCUAAGAAGUCUAACACGGAAGCUGCGCCUACUUCAGCUCCGGCAGCUCAGGCGAAGGGCGUGAAGAGAGGGAGAGGCAGACCGCCCAAGGUGAAGCCGGCUGUGGCCCCAGUCGCCGGUUAAGGGAAAUGGGAACAAAGAGAGAGAGAGAGAGAGAGAGAGAGAGAGAGAGAGAGAGAGAGGAAGGGGGAAAGAGUUUUUCUUUUUUGUUAUUAUUUCUUUAUAAUUUUUUAGGUGUGUUAGUUCUCUCUACUAAUUGAUGUUUUAGCUUUAGCUUUUGUCUUUUUUUUUUUCCCUAAUUUUUCUUUUAAUUUUUAUGUUGCUAGUUUAAUAUGUGGCGAGGAAAGUGUUGUAAUGUUGGGUUGGGGGUGGUUAGUGUAACUGUAAUUUGCAUGUAAAUUUGAUCAGCGGCUGUGUAGGCUUUAGCCCUCGUUUAAUAUCUCUCUUGAUAUUCCAAAAAAAAGGGUAAAAACAACAACAAAAAAGAGACUGAUUCUGAUCA